CAACGCCGCUUUAUGAUAUCACCUUCGUAUUCUUCUUCCACUUCCGUCAAACACGACUAUUAGUCUAUAGACUUGUCCAAAAAACCGUUUAUUCUCUCUUUCUUUACCGAUUUUCUCUCUUCUGCUAAAUUCUAUCAAUCACCUUCUUCUUCUUCUUCUUCUUCUUGUUCGCUAUGACGACUAUGGAAAGCUUAAUCGGCUUGGUUAACAGAAUCCAACAAGCUUGUACUAAACUCGGUGACUAUGGCGGUUCCGAUAGCAACAACACUUUCUCUUCUCUUUGGGAAGCUCUUCCUUCUGUCGCCGUCGUAGGUGGUCAGAGUUCAGGGAAAUCUUCAGUUUUGGAGAGUAUCGUUGGACGUGACUUUCUACCUAGAGGAUCAGGGAUUGUGACGAGGCGUCCAUUGGUGUUACAGCUUCAUAAGAUAGAAGAUGGUGAAAAAGAGUAUGCUGAGUUUCUUCACAGACCAGGAAGAAAGAUAACCGAUUUUGCGAUGGUACGCCAGGAAAUUCAAGACGAAACUGAUAGAAUUACGGGAAAGACAAAGCAAAUAUCUCCUAUUCCAAUUCAUCUUAGCAUUUAUUCUCCAAAUGUUGUCAACCUAACUUUGAUUGAUUUGCCGGGGUUGACUAAAGUUGCUGUAGAAGGACAGUCUGAGAGUAUUGUUGAAGAUAUUGAAAAUAUGGUUCGAUCUUUUAUUGAUAAGCCUAAUUGUAUCAUACUGGCUAUAUCUCCAGCCAACCAGGACAUUGCAACUUCUGAUGCCAUCAAAAUUUCCAGGGAAGUGGACCCCUCAGGUGAGAGGACAUUUGGCGUGCUGACAAAGCUGGAUUUGAUGGACAAAGGAACUAAUGCAUUGGAUGUCCUUGAAGGGAGAUCUUAUCGUCUGCAACAUCCUUGGGUCGGUGUAGUAAAUCGAUCUCAAGCAGAUAUCAACAAAAAUACUGAUAUGAUUGUUGCCAGGCGCAAGGAGGUUGAGUAUUUUGAAACCAGUCCUGACUAUGGCCACUUAGCCAGCAAAAUGGGUUCAGAGUACCUUGCAAAACUGCUCUCACAGCACUUGGAGUCAGUAAUUAGGGCACGGAUACCUAGUAUAACAUCUUUGAUAAACAAAAGCAUCGAAGAACUUGAAUCAGAGAUGGAUCAUCUUGGGAGACCAAUUGCUGUUGAUGCGGGGGCUCAACUAUACACCAUCCUUGAACUUUGCCGCAAAUUUGAACGUGUAUUCAAAGAGCAUUUAGAUGGAGGGCGGCCAGGAGGAGAUAGGAUAUACAAUGUGUUUGACAACCAGCUUCCUGCUGCUUUACGGAAGCUUCCGAUUGACAAACAUCUUUCUCUUCAGAAUGUGAAGAGAGUGGUGUCAGAGGCAGAUGGUUACCAGCCUCACUUAAUUGCCCCAGAGCAAGGUUACCGGAGACUGAUUGAAGGGACUCUCAGUUACUUUAGAGGCCCAGCCGAAGCUUCAGUUGAUGCAGUUCACUUUGUACUAAAAGAACUUGUGAGAAAAUCAAUAGGUGAAACUGAGGAAUUGAGACGUUUCCCUACCCUUCAAGCCGAAUUAGCUGCGGCUACAACUGAGGCUCUGGAGAGGUUCCGUGAUGAGAGUAAGAAGACAACUAUCCGGCUUGUGGAUAUGGAGGCUUCGUAUCUUACUGUGGAUUUCUUUCGUAGACUUCCUCAAGAAAUGGAGAAAGCUGGUAAUCCAGCUCAACCUACUAAUCCAUCUAAUCGGGGUAAUUCAGAUCAACCUACUAAUCCAUCUAACCGUGCCGGCAUAAAUGACGAUCGAUACGGUGAGGGGCAUUUUAGAAGGAUUGGAUCGAAUGUGUCAUCCUAUAUAGGUAUGGUGUCGGAGACACUCAGGGUCACUAUUCCAAAGGCCGUGGUUUAUUGUCAAGUCAGAGAAGCAAAACAGUCAUUGCUAAACUUUUUCUACACGCAAAUAGGAAAGAAAGAGGCUAAACAGCUAUCUGAUAUAUUAGAUGAAGACCCUACCGUGAUGGAGAGAAGGCAACAAUGUUUCAAAAGGCUUGAACUAUAUAAAGCAGCAAGGGAUGAAAUUGAUUCGGUUUCUUGGGUAAGAUGAGCUUGGUUGCUAUUUGACUGUCUUCAGUGGGUUGUAUGUAGCCUGUAGUUAUUGAUGGUGGGUUGAGUAGACCCAGAUUUGAUUUUUAUAGUUUGUAUUAUUUAGUUGCUAAGCCAUUUUUUUAUUUCUCAACUUAUAUGAUCACGUUAUUAUUUGUAUUGUCCGAAGAGUUGAUAUGUACGUAAGCAGCAGCACGGACCACUAACUAUUCAACUUUGAUCAAAAUUGAAAGUCACAUUUGCACAUUACAAUUCUGAA